ACAUUUGUAUUAAUUAAAAGUUAUGGUUUCUUCAAAAACAAAAAUAGUUCCUGAUGGGGGAUAUGGUUGGAUGAUUAUGAUUGCUUAUGGAUUACAUCAGUUUCUAUCAGUCUCAUUAAUGCAAGCUUUUGGAUUAAUAUACAAAGAUACCUUUAAAGAAUUAGGAUUUUCAGCAACCGAUACUGCUUUAAUAAUCAACACUAACGCAGCUUUCGCGAUGUUAUGCGGAAUCAUCAAUGGACCAUUACUAAAACACUUAGGAUAUCGAAAAGUUUCAAUUUGUGGAGCUUUUUUAACCACAUUCGGAGUUCUUUUAACAUCUUGGGCGAGCAAUUUCACCCAUUUCAUAAUUACUUACGGUCUAAUUGCAUCUUUAGGAAUGGGAAUGGGAAGAUCAUCUUACCCUGUAGCACUUAACACAUAUUUUUUCAAAAAAAGAAGCAAAGCAGCUGGGUACACACUAACCAUUGCUGGGUUUGGAUCUGUACUUAUGCCACAACUCAUAAGCUUCUUAGUGUAUAUGUAUGGAGUUCGCGGAGCUGUAUUAGUUUUAGGAGCUAUUACUGGAAACACUUUUAUCAGUGCUAUUUUAUUACAACCCGUUAAGUGGCAUAUGAAAGAAAUUGAAGAAGUGGACGAUAAUAAUUAUAUAGAUGAAAAGAAAGACUUUAAUGGGUUAUCCAGUAGAAGAAACUCUGUAAAUGUUGAAAUUGAUACAUUUUUUGGAAUAGACACUCCAUUAGGAAGUUUAAUGUCGUUAGUUGAAAAAGAAAAACUACAUUUAUCCCCAAAUGAUUUAAGACAAAAACAUUCACUUUCAAAAUCAAAACAAUCGCUUGCAAACUUGAAAAUACAAAACAUAGACGAAUUAAAUGAAGAAGAAGAACCCCUACGGUUAAUUUCAAACGGCGAUAAAGUUUAUAAUCCAGAACAGACGAUUGAAAAAAAGAAAAAAUCAUCGCUUUUAAAACGUAUAGGAAAAAAUAUCGUGGACACUUUUGAUUUGGAAUUGCUAAAAGAUCCGAUUUAUGUUAAUAUAAUGCUGGGAAUGUCUCUUGCGGUGUUCGCCGAUUUAAGUUUUUCUUUACUCAUCCCAUUUAUUAUGGAGGAUUAUUAUUUUACAACGCAACAAACUGCCACUUUUAUGUCGUUUUUAUCAUCUGCGGAUAUUUGUUUCCGAUUUUUGGCGCCUUAUAUCAGCGAUUUUUUGAAUAAACCGCCGAGAUUUAUGUGUAUGGUCUCAAUGUUUUUAUUGAUUAUUAGUCGAUUUUCUUUAUUAUGGACAAACGAUUAUUACCCACUUCUUUGUGUUGCAAUUGGUUUAGGAGUUGUAAAAGGCUUUAAAAUUGUUUAUUGGUCAUUAGUUAUGCCUAAUUACGUUCCAAUAGAACGUUUAGGAGCCGCUCUUGGGAUUCAAAUGACUGUAAAUGGGAUUUGUAUUUGGAUUGGGGGCCCUGUUAUAGGAGUUAUUCGCGAUUUAACUGGAAGCUAUCGAAAAUGCAUUUUUGUAAUUAACUUAGUUACAUUUAUUACGAUUAUUUUGUGGAGUAUUGAAAUUGUUUAUAUUAAAUAUAAGUCUAGAAAAAAUUAA